AUAACGAAAAAUAUAUAUAUUAUUAUAAAUUCUUCAAAUAUAUAAGUACAAAUAAAAUUUUUAUAUUUCAAAUAUACAAUUGGGCCGACAGAGAAAAAUACAAAUCAAAUUUUUUUAUACAUUUAAAUACAAAAUCAAACUUUUAAAAACUAAAGUUUGAGAUCCCUCCUAGUUCAUUUGUGGGCUCAGAGGAGCUAAAAAAAAACUUGAUCGAGAAAGAGACAAAAGAACAUAAUGCGCAUUAUCUCUCUCGUGUUACACGAGGGGGCCCUAAAAUAAAGAGAAACGGGACCCACCAAAAUCAAUCUUUUUUUCGGUGCUUGUCACAAUCACAAUCACAAAGUUAUUCAAGUCUUGUUUCAAGUUCUAUUGACGUAGAGUCCACUUAGCCUAUCGUUGAUCAAAGAGAAUCAUCUCUAAACAAGCAAUAGCUUUGUCUUCAGGCAAAGCAAGAUUUGUUAAGAUGGUUCAAAGAAAGACUACUUGUCAAGCAAUCAAGUCUUACAAUCUCCAGCCUGAAACUCGGUUUGGACCAGAGAUGAUGAUGAUGAUGAAACGAACAAAACCUAAGAGGAAGCUUAAAGACAGUUCUGUUUCUCAAUCAGGUAAGACACAGUCAACACCAAGUAAGCAUGAUCUUGUUGUUAAAGGAACAGGCCGGUCACCUAAUUACAUGAAAGGCACAUCUAGCUCCGAGGCAAGGAUAGAGAACAAGAGAAUAUUCAAUCAGAAGAACCAAACCGGUAAGAAAGAGAGAAGUAAUAACAAGCCGGGUUCGAGGAUCGUUAGGGGGUUGACGAAGACUCCGAGUUUCAAUAGAUGCUCACAAAGAGCUACUUGUUCCUCGACUCUUAAAGAUUCCAAGUUUCCAGAGUAUCUGAUGGUUAAUCACGAUGGAACUGAUGAUGGUGAAGUUAGUGGAACAUCUGUUUUGAGAGUCUGUCCUUACACGUAUUGUUCGCUCAACGGUCAUCUUCAUAAGCAGUAUCCUCCUUUGAAAAGCUUCGUAUCCUCGAGGAGACAGAGUUUGACGUCUCAGAAGAGUGUGAAAAAGGAAGAUGUUGUGGAGAUGUAUGUAGAGGAGAAGAAAGAGUGUGAGAGUGUAGAUAGAGGAACCUUUGAGACCCAAAUCUCAGAAACUGUUUCUGAAGGAGCACCUCGUUCUGAAACUGAUUCUGAUGAGUACUCUGACACUGCAGAGAUAGUGAAGUUUUCAGAAGGUGAUGAUGACAUCGAGUCACAAGAAUCUGAUUUGGAGGAGACUCUUGUACAAAAGACUUGUGAGGUUGAUGAUGACUCUGAUAGUGCAGAGAUGGUGAGGUUUUUAGAAGGUGAUCAUGACAUAGAGUUAAAGGAGAAUGUCUUGGAAGAGACUAUGGCAGAUGACUCAGUGAAAGAGAUCGAAAAGAAAGAAAACAUAGAAGAAGAUGUUGAUCAAUCUUGUUCCUUUAACUCUGAAGCUAUUGGUAUGAUGAUGAACUCUGAAGCAGAUGACGCUGAUGAAGAAACACUUAAGGAUAGCAAAGAGGAGUCUCAGGACCAAACUGAAGCUGUCCCAACGUUAGAAGAAACUGCAAAGAUUCCAUAUAAUCGUAAACAAAGGCCAUGCACCCAAGAAGAAGAGUCAGAUUCCACCGUUUCAUGGACUAUCAUCAAAUGCAAGAAACCUGUGGCAAAGACUGAGGAUUUAAGGGAAUUCAACCCAAGGGAACCCAGUUACCUUCCUGUUUCUGUUGAUGCGGAUGCAGAGAAGGUUGACCUCAAGCAUCAGGACAUGGAUGAGAGGAAAAACUCAGAGGAUUGGAUGUUUGAUUAUGCUCUCCAGCGUGCCGUUACCAAAAUUUCCUUAGCAAGGAAGAGGAAAGUCGCAUUGCUCGUGGAGGCAUUUGAAACCGUGAAACCUAUUAAGCAACAUGGUAGAGAACCUGAUCCUGUAUUGAGUUAUGGAAGACACCUUCAGACAUGCAGUUAACAGAGGUCAGAGGAUGAUUGAAGGAGAGGAGAAAUGGCUUUUGAUUAAUAACUUGUAUGUUAAGAACCAAUGAGUAAGGGGACAAACUUUGAUGGUUUAUUACCUUAAGCUCUUUGUGUGAUAGUUAUAUGAUUGAUAUAGUCCUCCUUAAAUCUGUGAGGAGAGGGCUCAGUGUGUGAUUGCUUUGAGACCAAUUUAUGGGACAAUUAUGAGUUAUGCACUUCUAUGUAAGUAUGUAACUAUUUGAAAUUGUGAUUGAAAUGAAUGCUGUUGUUUAUUUUUCAUUCA